AAACAUGGCUGCAACAUCAGGUAACAGAGAUACAUUCAUCCAGUCCACCAUCAGUUUUCUGAGAUAUUAUGACUUUGAUGGGAUCAACUUGGAUUGGGAAUUCCCUUCAGUUGCCGACAAAGACCGAUUCACGGCGCUGUGCCAGGAGACACUACAAGCCUUUGAGGCUGAAGUAGCAGGAACCAGCACGCCCAGGUUACUGUUGACCGCAGCAGUGCCUUCAUACAUGGGGAAUAUGGCAGGCUACGACAUUCCACAAAUUUCCAUGUACCUGGAUUAUAUGAAUGUGAUGUCAUAUGACUUUUAUAGUCUAGCAGAUGGGUUCACGCGACAUCAUAGUCCUUUGUUUGCUGGCCCUUCGGACUUUGGAAAUCAUCUAUUCUUCACUUCUGUAAAUACUGUUU